CCCAGACUCCUGUUUAAAUAGUGCCUUUGGUUUCUCAUUUAAUCCCAAAAGCUGGGACAAACUAUCCUGCUUCCUAUAAUGUUGUUUUUUUUUGUUGUUGUUUUUUUUUAACGUGCUCACAAGUUCAAAAAUUAACACAAAGAUCCAUCACCUCAUAUAGCUUUAUUUAUUGUUACAUUUAAAUGAACAACACUUGAGUGCGGUAUGUGUAGUUAUGGGAAGUUAGGAAUACCAGAACCCGAUUAUAUGCUUAAAGCAAUGCGUUAUUUCACUGCUUACAUUUGUUACUGUUAACAUGUUCACAUGGUAUAUGAGCAUGAAGAAAUGUCGCAUCACCUGUCGUAGAAUUUCUCGUACCAGACAUACCGAUGUAUAAAACGGUCCCAGUAAAAUCUUGGCUGAAUUCAAUAAAGUAAGAUGCGAUAAAGUGUACUCCAAGAUCUUCUAAUGAUGGAAUCAUGAUGAAAGAAAACUGUGUGUUCUUCUUAUGUCAUUAAUCAGCUUGAGGUAAUAAGCAAAUCUAUUUCUGUCUAUUUGUGUCUGACUUGUGAGUUUUUGCCCAGCCCUAUGCCAUCCUCCUAUUGAUGUUUUUUUUUACAAUCUGGGGUAUUAAUUAAAAGAAUUACUAAAAGCAUUGAUGUUUGGUGAGGAGAUCUGGGGUGCAGUCGGUGUUCCUUUUCAUCACAGACGUGUUGAGUGGGGUUGAAUCAAGGCUCUUUGCAGGACACUUCUGCAGGUUUCUUUCACGUCUUCCUGGACUUGUGUGGCAUUUUGUCGUGCUGGAGCAGGAACCUCAUAUGGGUGUGAUGCUCAGGUGUGCACAUAUCUAUGGCUGCGAUUUGAGAUGUCUCAAGUUUAUUGCCUAUCACACUGUACAAGAUCAUCCCAAUAUAAUAAACAUUUUUGAAACUCAGUCACAAUCAGUCACAACCAGUGAGCACGACCUGCUGUGCGUUAUGAAGGUGGGGAUCUUAAUAAUCGUGUGGUUUUCAGGCAUGACAAAAAACAUAUAGAGUCGUUCAUUUUUAUUCUAUUUGAGUUUUUUUUUUAAACCGCCCUCUCCUCUUCUCCCCAACACCCAUUGUGACCACACCCACUUUCAUCACUGAUGAGGUCCCACCCCCGAGGUGCAGCGCGCUCCUUAAAGUCUGCGCGCGCUGGAGCGCAACCGGCAGCGCAUCGCGUGAGGACACGAGGGAAGAACGGAGCAACAACACUGACGACUGAGGGGAGAGAGAGAGAGUGAGUGAGUGAGAGAGAGGAGUUGGUUUAACAUAUAAUUUGGGAUCCAACCAUAAGCACAGGACACUAUCCUCCAGCAUGUUGAGGUUACUCGCGGGUUGGUGGUGCUGCUGCUGCUGCGCCGUCUUGGUCGCCGCAAACUUUACGAUGGACAACGACUUGGGCUCGGCAUUCGUGCACCGAGCGCUGCGCAGUCAGGAGCGCCGGGAAGUGCAGAGAGAGAUCUUGUCCGUGCUUGGUUUGCCCCGGCGGCCGCGACCCCACUCGCCGGAGAGGCGCACGGCGGCGCCCAUCUACAUGCUGGAGCUGUACAAUGCGGCGCUGGAACCCGCGGCUUCCGGUUUCUCUCGCGCUGCGGCUCCGGUUCUGACUCCUGCUCCAGCACCGACACGGCGAGACCAGCGCUAUCUGAGCGACGCCGACAUGGUGAUGAGCUUCGUAAAUAUGGUUGAUCCUGAAGAAGACCCGCAUGUGUUCCACCAGUUCCACCGAUUCGAUCUGUCCCGCAUUCCCGAGGGUGAAGCCGUGACCGCUGCCGAAUUUCGCGUCUACAAAGACUUUGUGCACGAGCGUUACGAAAACGAGACCUUUCACGUCAGCGUGUAUCAAGUGCUCCGGGAGUACGAUGACAGGGAUUCUGAUCUGUUCUUGCUGGAUUCGCGGGUGAUUUGGGCUGCAGAAGAGGGCUGGCUGGUGUUUGAUCUCACGGCUACCAGUAAUCACUGGAUUUUACACCCGGGUCAGAACCUGGGCUUAUUGCUUGUUAUGGAGCGUGCUGAUGGUGACCGUGUGAACCCCAGAGUUGCAGGACUAGUGGGAAACCAAGGACCACAGAACAAGCAGCCAUUCGUAGUGGCGUUCUUUAGAGCUACGGGUGUCCGUUUGCGCAGCGUCCGCUCGGCUCCCGGACACAAACAGAGGAACCCGAACCGCCCGAAGACUCCUAAACACACACCACCUUCCAGCCAGGAGGCCCUGAGGUUGGCAGAGGCAGCAGAGAAUGUCAGUGUGGACCCAAAACAGGGCUGCAAGAAACAUGAACUCUAUGUCAGCUUCAGAGAACUGGGAUGGCAGGACUGGAUUAUUGCCCCAGAAGGCUACGCUGCAUACUACUGUGAGGGCGAGUGUGCCUUCCCUUUAAAUUCCUACAUGAACGCCACCAAUCACGCCAUUGUGCAGACGCUGGUUCACUUCAUAAACCCAGAAUCCGUCCCGAAGCCGUGCUGCGCCCCCACUCAGCUCCACGGCAUUUCCGUUCUGUAUUUUGACGACAGCUCCAACGUCAUCCUGAAGAAAUAUCGCAACAUGGUGGUCCGAGCGUGUGGCUGCCACUGACGGACACACGCGCACACACACGUACACGUCCACGCGCUCGGCUGGAGGACAGAAAAGCAGGAGAUGGAAUUGAGGCCAGCCGUGCCUUCAGGAGCUAUACGUUUAAUAAGACUCGUUACUUGAGGAAAAUGCUGGACCACUGUGCUGUGCCUACGUGUUUCAAGUGCGCCACAAAUACAGCCAAAACGAGUGGGAGCUACUUUCAUUAUAUGCUGUAGAACUGAGGGGAAAAAAAGGUUUCAAAACCAAGUUCAGCAGAAGAGCACACAAUGAGAUGUGUUAAAUUAGUGUUAGGCACACUUUCCACACUUGAGUCACUGGAGACCGGGGCAAAAACAAUAUCAGUGUGAUGAACAGUGGGAAAUUCUUUUCAUAUUUGGCCUACAGGAAUCAAAGUGACGUUAAAGUAUUGUUUUUUUCCCACUCUGAAGAUUUAUACGGGCGUGAUUUAUACAUGCAGGUGGAUGUUUGCUGUGUUGUGUGUGUGUGUGUGUGUGUGUGUGUGUGUGUGUGUGUGUGUGUGUGUGUGUGUGUGUGUGUGUGUGUGUUUUCUCAACCCCCUUGUGGCAAAACCCCCAUUCCACACGCUGCAUUUAUCACACAGCCCGAGUGUUCAGCAUGUGUUAACUGCCGGCAACAGGACCAUCACUUACUCCGACCUCUCCUCUGAAGCUGGUCCAAAGCUGCGGGUGGCGGCCUGGACAGCAGCAUGUGGUUCUCAUCUGCGUUCUCUCUGUAGACCGGAUGAUAAAGCAGCUAAAUAGAACUGUCUGGAUAGGGACAGGUGCAAUUGAUUUUUUUUUUUUUUUAAACAGAGAACUGGAAUUCUACAGCUGUUCUUGGUCAUGCGAAUGUUAUUAUACAACGGAGCUUACAGAGACUCGCAAUAAUGAGGGAAUACAACCUUCAAGUCCAGAUGUUUUGGAGAAAUGAGAGAUGGGAGUCUUUUUAGAACUUAUAUUCCCAUUUGUCAAGUUGGUCAUCAAACGCAUAACUACAGUCAGACAGGGAUUGACUUUUUUUUUAUUGCACAAAUCCAACAAAUAUUCUUGCCUGAGGACAUUAAAAAUGUUUUUUUUUUUAUUUAGAAAAUGACACAAUGAAUUAUUUUAUUCUGCUGUUGCUAUUAUUUUUUUUACAAAACACCUAAGUGCAA